AUGGGAAGCUUGAUUACGUUUGUCAACUUUCCAGUGUCCACAGUCCAGGCCUGUGUCUACGCUUGCUUCUUGUGCGAGAAGGAGGGGAUCAAGUUCGUCCUGGGUGAUCCUCAGGGCAAGCUUGAGGAGUUGAUUAUCGAGGAAAAGAGUGGCCACAAAAAGGUGACCGGUCUUCAAACCCGGGACGGCAUCAGCCAUUACGGAGAUCUUGUGAUUGUUGCUGCUGGCAGUUGUACUGCGUCUAUCAUCCCCGAGGCUCAUCGUACGGUUGAAGCCACCGCCGGAACCGUUAUGUUCAUCGACAUCCCCAAGGAGAGAAAGGAUCUGAGGGAGAAGUUUCCCCCGGAUAACUAUCCAGUGUGGUCUUACCGCAAGGGAGACGGUGAUCAAUAUUACCAGGGCGGUGGCUUUUCCAUCAGCAAAGAAGGCCGACUCAAGUUCGGCUUUCGCGGCCACAAGUUCACCAACUUUCAAGAUUAUCCCACGGAACCAAAUCUUCGCAUCUCAACAACCCGUACCAAAUACACCGAAAUACCGAUCGACACGGUGCCUCUUUACGGCCUGUGCAGCAUGAAAGAAGUCACCGCCGAGGUUUUCCCCGACUUGGUCGAGUUCGGCUUCACGGAUAGCAGACUAUGCUGGUAUACGGACAGCAUUGACAAUGAUUAUGUCAUUGACUACGUACCUGGGUACUCAAAGUCUCUGUUCAUCUGUGCUGGAGGAUCAGAUCAUGCGUUCAAAUUCCUCCCCAUACUGGGCAAACACGUCAAGAAUCAGCUCGAGGGCAGUCUGGACGAAUUUACACCAUUUCGGAAGUGGCGAGUUGCCGAGGAAGGCCAUGACAACGAUGGGUGUUCCGAAGGAGAAAAUGGCCCCAGAGAGGUCUCCCAGGUGGAGAUGGCAGACCGAGCUGACUUCAAGUUGGAACCCACGAGAUUUGCUUGA